AUAAAAUAAAGCACAUGAAAUCCUGUGAGAGAGGCCGUGGGAGGAGUAGUUUUGUGUGAGUGAGAUGACUGGGAAAGGUGCCAGGUCCUUGCAAGACUCCGGGUCAGGUAGUAUUCUUUCAGCUUGAUGAACCUGCAUCCAGGAGGGCUCAGGACUGGGAGAGGGCGACCCUUCCCAGUCUGUGGGAAGUGGCUAAGGAAAUGGACAAGCGAUGGGCAGUUUGGGUUACGAAGAGGAGCCCAGGGUGAGAGGCACGGCGUCCAGGGCUUGGGGAAAUAAGAGGGGGCAGCAGAUGGCCGCCCCAGAAAAACUUCGAGGGUCUGUGCCGGGCUAGCGCCCCAGAAGCUCCGCGCUGGCACCGCUGCCCAGCGGUGCUCGGCCAGGACGCUCGGUUCCCCAAGAAAGAUGCUGCUUCAGUGUUUGCAGAGGUUAAUCAGGUCCGCGAGCCCAGUCUGUGGCUGCUGCCGGUCCUCUUGGUCCUCGUGUCCCGCGGGAGACGUUGGAGGUGGUGGCCCCAGCGGGUCGCGGCUGAAUCGCUGCUACACCGGUGCUUCCGAGGGCGCCCACGCGAAGCGGUUACCCUUCCUGGAUGGUUGCUUCCCUCGGCCGAAGAGGAAGGACGCAGGAAACGACCUCAGCCGAUAGGCAGAACCCUGACCUGGACUCAGAGGCACUGCUGGCCCUGCCCCUGCCUGAACUGGUGCAGAAGUUACGCAGUGGAGAGGUGUCCCCUGAGGCUGCCCUCUUCACCUAUGUGGGAAAGGCCUGGGAAGUGAACAAAGGGACCAAUUGUGUAACCUCCUACCUGGCUGACUGUGAGACUCAGCUAUGCCAGGCCCCACGGCAAGGCCUGCUCUAUGGUGUCCCUGUGAGUCUCAAAGAGUGCUUCAGCUACAAGGGCCAGAACUCGACACUGGGCUUGAGCCUGAAUGUGGGGGCGACAGCUGAGUGUGACAGCGUGGUAGUGCAGGUGCUGAAGUUGCAGGGUGCUGUGCCCUUCGUCCACACCAAUGUCCCCCAGUCUAUGUUCAGCUAUGACUGCAGUAACCCCCUCUUUGGCCAGACCUUGAACCCACGGGAGUCCUCUAAGAGCCCAGGUGGCUCCUCAGGGGGUGAGGGUGCCCUCAUUGGAUCUGGAGGCUCCCCCCUGGGCUUGGGCACGGACAUUGGAGGCAGCAUCCGUUUCCCUUCUGCCUUCUGUGGCAUCUGUGGACUCAAGCCUACUGGGCACCGCCUCAGCAAGAAUGGCGUGAAGGGCUGUGUCUAUGGACAGGUGGCAGUGCAGCUCUCCGUGGGCCCCAUUGCUCGGGAUGUGGAGAGCCUGGCACUGUGUCUGCGAGCUCUUCUGUGUGAGGACAUGUUUCGCCUGGACCCUACCGUGCCACCCCUGCCCUUCAGGGAGGAGGUCUACAAAAGCACUCGGCCCCUGCGUGUAGGAUACUACGAAACUGACAACUAUACCAGGCCCAGCCCAGCCAUGAAGCGGGCCCUGCUGGAGACCAAGCAGAGCCUUGAAGCUGCUGGCCACACGCUUGUUCCCUUCUUGCCAAGCAACAUACCCUAUGCUCUGGAGACCCUGUGUGCAGGCGGGCUGUUCAGUGAUGGUGGCCACAGCUUCCUCCAGAACUUCAAAGGUGAUUUCGUGGACCCCUGCCUGGGAGACCUGAUCUUAAUUUUGAAGCUGCCCCAGUGGCUUAAAGGACUGCUAGCCUUCCUGUUGAAGCCUGUGUUCCCACGGGUGGCAGCCUUUCUCAGCAGCAUGAGGCCUCGGUCGGCUAGAGAACUCUGGGAACUGCAGCACAAGAUUGAGGAGUACCAAAACUCUGUGAUUGCCGAGUGGAGAGCACUGAACCUGGAUGUGCUGUUGACCCCUAUUCUGGGCCCUGCUCUCGACCUGAAUGCCGCAGGCAGGGCCACAGGGGCCAUCAGCUACACUGUUCUUUAUAACUGCCUGAAUUUCCCUGCGGGAGUGGUGCCCGUCACCACAGUGACCACUGAGGACGAGGCCCAGAUGGAACAUUACCAGGGCUACUUUGGAGAUAUCUGGGACAAGGUGCUGCAGAAGGCCCUGAAGAACAGUGUGGGGCUGCCUGUGGCCGUGCAGUGUGUGGCUCUGCCCUGGCAGGAAGAGCUGUGUCUGCGGUUCAUGCGGGAGGUGGAGCGACUGAUGACCCCUGAAAAGCAGCCAUCCUGAGGGCCGCCUGCCUGCCUGGCUCCAAAGGACCGGACACCUGCAUGCCCUGUAGCCCAGCCUAAUGGGGCACAUGGCCACCCUGUGAGGAAACACUCAGCCUGGGUCAGAGGCAUCUAUGACCCCUUCCUGAGCCCCUGCCAAAGCACAGACUCCCACUCCCCCCAAGUCUGGAUCUUGCUCCCCUCUCUGGUCCCUUUUCUACCCUGAUCCCCCACCCUACAUGGCAGCAGGUAUGACAGGGGCCAAGACCACCAAAGUCAAGAAACAUUUCCUUGUCUGUGGGGUGCUGGGGCUGGAGCCUAUUGACAGCAGGGUUGGCUUAAUCUUCCAGAGCCAGGUGGCAACCAUGUCACCAUUCUGCUCCAAAACCUCCCCUGGUGUCCAUCACCCACAGAAGGGACAAAAGCUUGUGUCCCAGCACUUCACUUCAGCACCUCCCCUCCUCUUGCUUGGACUCAGGCCAGCUUUGCUGGAUACUGUUGUGGUUUUCCUUCCUUUGCUUCUCUCUGCUGAUAUGCCCUUUCUGCUCCUCCACCACUCAAUCCUUGGAGGCCCAACUCCUCUUUCUCCAAGAGGCUUUCUGUGCUCCUGAGCCCUGAAAGAGUGUGAGCUCUUUCCUCCCAGUCUCCCCUGUAUGAGGCAUCUGGAUGGGUCUGCUUUCCUGGCCAUCUCCUUGAUGGUGGGGACUGCAUUGCUAUGUCUUUAUGUACUGUGGCCAGCACAGGGCAACAGGGAAGCACCUGAGUUGGGCUGCAGGGAAUCGAGUGGACACAGUGGGCCCUGAGCUGGUGCUGUUGGGUAAAGGAGCCCACAGGCCCAGGGGUGGUGGUCAGCAAGUGACAAGGCAGGUAGCAAGGGCUCACUCACAGGGCCAGCCAAAGCCUGGACUUCUCUGGGAAGGCUUGCUAGAGGAGGACUGCUCUUGAGUCCAGAAAGUUCUCACAUGCUGAUAUAUAGGGGAUGAGGUCAUCCUGGGGAGGAGGCACUGUAUGUCCAGGACCAGGGUGAGCUUGAUAUUACAGGAAUGUUGAAUGGGCACAGGGGAAGCAGGGAUGUAGGUAAGCCCAGAUAAGGUGAACUUGGGUGGCUAGGUCAACAACUUGAAUUCUAUCUCAAGGGCGAUGGAGGCUUGUGAAGGGCCAUAUAGGCACAGUGAGGAGAGUAGACAGAGGGGCAAAGCCUGGAAAAGAAUAAGAAUGCUGCUCCUGAUCCCUAAUUUGGGGAAAGGGCAGAAGGGGUAGAGAGGCUGUCUGGGGAUGGGUAGUUGGGAUGGAGGUAAGCUGUCUUACCUCAGUCUCAGUCCUGCCCUGCCUGCCACGUCUUACUGGACUGAGUUGCCUGGCAGGGAAAGGGUAGUUAGUUUGUGAUGGGAUGUUGGGCUUUCUUGACCAUCCUCACAGAGUUUCCCCAUCUGCCCUGGCCCUAGCCUAACUCUCCUGCUGUCUAGAUAUUUCAGAGCCCAAUCCCUGAGGGUGGGUUGGGUACCGGCUCACAUCUGGCCUGUUUUACAUUUUUUCCACCAAAUUGCCUUUUCUAGGCUUCCUUCUCCACCAUUAUUCCCCUGUUCCUCUGGAAAUGCUUUUCCUUCCGGGUUACAUGUCUAGCGGUAUCCAUGCCCCUACCAAACUGCCUCUGUCUAGGAGGGCCCCCACCUUGAGGGGUGCUGACUCAAGGGCCCAGCCCGAACUGGGACACCUAGACCGAGAUAAGUAAGCUGUUGCCGCACUUCUUCCUGGUUCUUCCUAACUUGAGGACUUCCUCAUAACAGCUGCUGUAAUUUUCCCUCAUUGUCCGAUAAAACCAUCCACCAACUGCCCCAGCUUUCUCUUUCUCCUGUCCAUUUCCCUUCUAGUCACCAAUAUCCUCUUCCUUUCAGACCCAAAGCUGAAGGGUGGAGAUGCCACUACCGCAUGUUUUCAUUGUUUCAUUGAUUUCAGCCCUCAGAGCCUCAGCCUGGCCACGUCUAGCCCUGUGCCAACUGUGGCUGGAGACUGACAUGAACCCAGCCUGGCUGCCAUCCUUGGGCGGACCCUGACAAGCACGCCUGCUCCUCACUGAUCAGGGAUGGCCAAGGGAGGGAGGGGCCCCUUGCUGUUGAGGGAAGGGGGAAGGGGUCGCAGAGGCACGUAGGUGUCCCCUGCAUUACAUCUCCACCAUCAUGCUGUUGUCCAAGCCACCUGCCUUUCAUCCAGAUACUGCAAUAACGUCCUAACCCUCUGGCUCCCUGCUUCCAUCUUCAGGUGGCGCCCAGUCCCUUCUCCACAGCAUAGCCAGAGUGAUCCUGCAGAAGUAAAUCAGGUUGAGUUGCUCCUUGCUUAAGACCUUCCAAUGGCUUCCCAUCCCUAGAAUAAAAUCCAGUCUCCUUGUGGGGCCAUGGCUCCUGUCCACCUCUUCAGUCUCAUCUUGGGGGUCUCUCCCUGUCAUUCCCUGUGCUCCAGCCACACAAGCACCUUUGGUUUCUUGAUCAUCUUGAGCUGGUUCCUGCUUCAGAGUUUCUGGGGCAGUUGUUCUCUGGUCUAUUCCUCUGGUUGUUCUGCGUUAGUUGUUCCUCGGUCUCUGUCACCUUCCCUUACACCAGCUGUCACUUUCUAACAUGUUACCCUGUAUUUUUUUAGAAAGCAUUAUCUCUAUCUAAAAUCACUUAUGUGUUUUUGUCUCCUCCACUAAAGCAACCAUACUUUUUCUUGUUUCUGAUUAUAUUCUUGGCAUGAGUGAUGUGCAGAAGGUACUUAGUUCUGUGAAAUUAAGCGAACAUCUACUAGGGAGCCAGGCACAGAGUUGGGUGCUGGGACUGCAAUGAUGGACGACACGACUUGUUUCCUGUCCUCUUGGAACUUACAUUCUGGAGGAUAUUUCUAGAGUGAAGGUGGGGUGGGGGUGGGGGUUAACAAAGACUUCUGAAUAUUUAAUUCAUGGAGAGAUAAGGUGACUUUUGAUUAGCACAGACGGAGGAAAGGGAUCUGAAUCACAUUACUGAGUACCUGCAGUGAGCCACCUACCUUCUGGGCAUUUGGAGUCAUCAUGCCAUUUAAUCAUCCUAUUAAUCCUUUAGUAGUGUUUUUGGCCCCAUUUUACAGAAAGAUUAUAUACCUUGGCUGCAAUCCCAUAGCUAGAAGUGGGGGAUUGGGCUGGGUAUUUAGCUCAGAGGUUCCAGCACCUGCCUUGCAAGCACAAGGACCUGAGUUCAAUCCCCGGUACCAAAAAAAAAGUAGAAAUGGGGGAUUGGAAUUGAAACCUGGGUCAACCUUUGUCAGUGCCUUGUGACAUGUCAGGGCCCCUUCUGAUGUCCCAUGAUGCUGAAGCACAGAGAGCACACAUUGCCAGAGGAGAGCCAACGUCAACUCUUUCCUUCCUGAUCACCUAUCUUCUGGCCUUAAGACCUUCGAGGUCACAAGGCUGCCACCUGUUCCCAUGGCCUUUCCCCUCCUUACUAUGUCCACUGUCACAGCUCCUUGCCUGGCCUCCCCUGCUUCUGCUAUGAUUGUCACUAAGCACCCCUCAUAUGGCAGUCAGGUGGCCUUUCAAACUGCAAAUAUGAAUACACUUAAUGCCUUUAGUAUCAUUUGUGUCAAGUGCGACUCCUUGCUCCAACCUCCAAGGCUAUGCUUGGCCUUCGAGUGGUACUGAGCUCCCACCUCCCCGCUCUUUGCCCUGUGCUUGCUGUACUGGACACUCUUCCUCUGCUCUCCACCUUGUGACUGCCUGCUCAUCCCGGGCCAUAGUGAUGUCUCUCACUCACAACUCUGCCAGGCACUGUUGAAGUGCUGCCUUGUGCUUCUCCCCAUGCCUGAGGCAGAGGUGGUAUUGUGAUCAUAAGAUCCAACAUCUGUUAGAUUGUGGUGUUGCUAACCCCACUGUGUCAUUUAAAAAUUGGGCAUUACUAUUUCCAUUUUAUAGAUGAGGAACUGAAGUUCAGAGAGUUGAUUUGUCCAGGGCCAAUCAGUAACGAGUACAGAGAAGAUCUGAAACCUGCAUGCCCCACUGGAAUCUGUGCAGACUUUCCUCAUUUGUACAAGAACAGGCAUUGAACAUGCUGUAGGUACAGCCCCUAUGCUGGGCACACACGAUGAAGACAGAGGCAACACCCACCUGCUCCUCUGCAGAUAGCACACACUUUAGACACAGAUGCAUAGUCAAUUCAUGAGUUUCCCAACAAGAUCUGUCUUCACUCCAUGUUUCUCUAGCUGGCUGGACCUUCCCAGGCCUCCCACAUAUAAGUUAGGAGUGGUGUUCCCGGCCACCGUAGGUGGGUGAUGCCACUUGGGGUAAGGACUGCAGUUGGCUUUGUAAGCCCAACACCUCAUAUGGUGCCUGGUACUCAGUCGCUACACAGUGAAGCCUUGCUGAGUCAGGAGGAAUGGGGGACUUGCUAUCAGUGAGCCCAACUUGGGCCCUUCACGUUACUUCCUUAUUUCAUCCUCAUAGGGAAUUUCCCAGUCAGUCCCUGACCCUCGCCCCUUUUUGCAUUUAUCUACUACCAUGUUUUUGAUUAGUGCUUAUAAGGACAAAUAAUUAUCAAUGUUUAUUCAGUCUAGAGCUUUCUCCUGGUCUGUAGAUCUUCAUCCAUCCACUUUCUUCAUCCUCCUAACCCCUCUUCCCUUCCCUUACCCAUCCAAUACCUAUACUGAAUUCCUCCCAACAGUAUACACAGGGUGACCAAUCAGAAAUAGUCCCUGCUUGGCUGGGUGUGGUGGUGCACACCUGUUAUCCCAGAAUUCAGGAAGGCUGAGGCAGAAGGAUUUCUUCAAGUUCAAGACCAGCCUGAGCUACAUAGCAAGACCUUGCCUCCAAUAAAAAAGGAGCUGUCAUUCUACCAGCAAAUGCAUAAUUACACAAAUACAUAUGUUAGGAUUGCAAUAAAGCAGAAGUCCUGAGUAUUAUGGGAAUAAAGCAAGUGAGACCUGA